AUGCAUUGUAUUUCUUUUUUACAUUGUUCUCUAUUGCUUUUUUUACUGGGUGUUUGGGGUAUCUUUUUCAAUCGUAAAAAUAUUGUGGUUAUGCUAAUGUGUAUUGAAUUAAUGCUCCUUGCUGUCAACCUGAACUUUCUUAUUUUCUCCACAUACUUAGAUGACCUGAGUGGACAAAUCUUUUCCCUCCUCAUCUUAACCGUCGCCGCAGCAGAAUCUUCCAUUGGACUCGCUUUACUUGUAAUGUAUUACAGAACUCGUGGAACCAUCUCCAUUGAAUAUAUGAACCUUUUAAAAGGAUAA